GAGGGAGCUGGAGCGCCUGGUCAGCUCGGGGUUCCCCUUCUCCGAGGCGGAGGCCGCGCGCAACGCGGAGCGCCUCGGCCGGCGGGCCGCGGGGGCGGCCGGCGGCGGGGCGGGCUGGCGAAGGGAGCCGAAGCCUCAGCUGGGCUCGCUCUCGCGGCUGGACGAGCUCGCCACCAGGUACCGGGCCUCGCCCACGAUGCGCGCGUGGCAGAAGGGCUUCGGCUGCGCGGGCGGCGACACCGGGGAGGAGGGCAACUUCUUCUCCCGGGUGUACGCCCGCCUCUUCGACCACCGCGUCGAGGCGUCCAGCUCUCCGCCCGGGCCCUCGCGGUUUGCUCCCGUGCGGGUCCUGGAGGUCGGCGUCUGCGACGGCUCCGCCGUGGCCAUGUGGUCGGAGUACUUCGAGCACCCCGACAGCCGCAUCGUGGCCAUGGAUGUCAGCUUCCUGCUCUUCGGGGGCAAUCGCCCAUACCUCGUGCAGCGAGGCUUCGACCUCUCGAGGCUCUCCGCCAUCAUCGAGGCCAACGCUUCUGACCCUGCGGGCGGCGCCCUGCUGACCGCGAACUGGAGCAUGGGCGACAGAGCACGGCGAAUGGCCACGGCCAAAGCCCUUCGCUUGCACGGGCCAUUCGAUUUUAUCAGGGACGACGCCUCCCACACCCCCUCCGACAUGAUUGCUACGUUCCAGUGGCUCUUUCUCGCAGCGCUGCGUCCUGGCGGCGUGUACGCGGUUGAGGACGUGGGGACGUACUCCUUGGGUUCCAGGGGGUCGCUGGACGAGUCGGGUGAGUUCUCGUACUUCUUUCGCCUGGCGAGGGACUCCCUGAAUUUCCGCUACGACGCUGUCACCGAUCGGUGGAUGGCCACUUCGUGGAUCCAGUCCCUUCGCGCGAGCCCCCUGGAGGCCUGGGUGGACAGCGUGGAGUUCUCGCGGGGCCUGAUCGUGGUGAGGAAGCGCGGGGAGCACAGCUCGCCGGGCUGAGGAGCGCCGCCCCGUCGGAGGAGCAGAGCCCGACCGACCUCCAGAAGAAGAAGAGGAAGGAGAAGACGAAGAAGAAGAAGAAGAAGCGCCUCGCCCGCGGGCUCGUCGCGGGGUCCACCGCGCUCCGCGCCGCUCGCGCUCCACGGUCCUGGCCGCGGAGCUGUCUUUCUUCGGGGGGGGGGGGCUGCAUCCGCGCCCGCGGCGGCCGCCGAUGGGAGCUCCUGGCGCUGCCGCGGCGGGCCGCGUCGCCGCGCUGCUCCGGGAGCUCGUCGCGGGCGGGGCGCCGCUGCCCACCGCCAUAUGCUGCCAGGUCGAGCGCGG